AUGCCUCGUGGUCACAAGAGUAAGCUCCGUGCUCGUGAGAAACGUCGCCAAAACAGAGCUGAGGCACAAAGUCUUCAGAGUGCUGAGGCCGCUACAGGAGAAGAUGCAGAGGCCGCUUGCUCCUCCUCUUCAGUUCUGGCAGGUGGUCCCUCAAGUGCCACUGGUGCUGGUCCUCUCCAGACACCUUCGAGUGCCCCAGCCACCACUAGUGCCGCUGCAGGUGUUUCAUGCAAAAGAUCUGCUGGAAAAGCCAAAGGCCAUGUUUGGAAAAGCAAAAGUUCCUCUCAGGCCUCACUUUCCCCUGAGAGCUUUGCCCUAGAUAUCCUGACCCGGAAGGCCAGUCACUUGGUAGAGUAUCUUCUGAAUCAGUAUCAAAUGAAGGAGGUCAUGAGGAAGGCAGACAUGCUGAAGAUAGUCCACAAAUGGUACAGGAAGGACUUUCCUGAGAUUCUCAACAAAGCUUGUGUUCACCUGGAUCUGGUCUAUGGUCUAGAACUGAAAGAAGGCAAGCCCACUGGUAACUUCUACACCCUUGUUGACAAUCAAGGUGACACCAGCGAUGGGAAUCUGAGCAGAGCCUGGAGAUUUCCAAUAAGAGGGCUUCUCAUGCCUCUCCUGGGUAUGAUCUUCUUGAAUGGCAACCGUGCCUCUGAGGAGGAAAUCUGGGAAUUCCUGAAUGCAAUGGGCGUCUAUGAUGGAAUGUGUCACUUCAUAUUUGGGGAACCCAGGAAGGUUAUUGCCCAAGAUUUGGUGCAGGAAGAAUACCUAGUAUACCAGCAGGUGCCCAACAGCGAUCCUCCAUGCUAUGAGUUCCUGUGGGGUCCGAGAGCCCACGCUGAGACCAGCAAGAUGAAAAUCCUGGAAUUUGUGGCCAAGAUGAAUGAUAAAGGCCCCGAUGCCUUCCCAGGCUAUUAUGAAGAGGCUUUGAAAGAUGAGGAAGAGAGAGCCCGAGCUGCACUCAAGGCUAGCGGUCCUUCCAAGGCCAGCGGUGACCUCAGACCCACAUCCAGCCACUACCCGCAGCCUGAGUGA